GUUUCAAGUCAUGACCGUUUUGACCAUAGAAAUAUGCAAAUGAACUUCCUUGUCAAUAAUUAUUGAUUUGUAACAAAACAAUAACAAUUAUUAUAUGUGUUUAAGAUAAAUCCUUGCAGAUUGUGUAGACUUUAACAACUGGGCCCGUCUGGAGAGCAGUGGCUGGUUUUGUUAACAACAAUAAAACAUCAAGAUGUCGUUUGGAAGCGAAAAGAUGGUUUCUGAAAAUUACAUGAUUUCUUCUGUGAAAGAAGAGUUGUCAUCUAAGAACUACAAGAUUUCAUCUGAAAAUGACACAAUGUCAUUUGAAAGCGACACGAUUACAUCUGCGAAAGAAAAGGUGUCAACUGAGAACGACAAGAUUGCAUCUGAAAACGACAAGAUUUCAUCUGUGAAAGAAGAGGUGUCAUCUGAGAACGACAAGAUUGCAUCUGAAAACGACACGAUUUCAUAUGUGAAAGAAGAGGUGUCAUCUGAGAAUGAUAAGAUUUCAUCUGAGGACAUGAUGUCAUCUGAAAAUGGCAAGAUUUCAUCUGCGAAGAACAAGAGGUCAUCUGUGAAGGGCAAGAGGUCAUCUGUGAAGGACAAGAGGUCAUCUGUGAAGGACAAAAUUUCAUCUGAGAAGGACAUGUCAUCUGAAAACGGCAAGAUUUCAUCUGGGAAGGACAAGAUUUCAUCUGAGAAGGAGAAGAUUUCAUCUGAUGACAUGGUGUCAUCUGAAAAUGGCCAGAUUUCAUCUGAGAAGGACAUGUCAUCUGAAAACGGCAAGAUUUCAGAUGAAAAGGACAAAAGGUUAUCUGUGAAGGGCAAGAGGUCAACUAAGAGGAAGAUUUCAUCUGUAAAAGAAGAGUCGUCAUCUGAAACCGAGUCUGAAUCUGAUGACAUGACUAAAUGUUCUUGCAAGAGACACUGUUUGGAACAAUUCACCAAAUCUGAAAUCGAAGAUCAUAUUUUGUCCAUGCAAGAUUUGGACAAACAUGAAAAAGAAAUGUUCAUUCUUGAAUCAAUGGAACAGUCAACACCUACUAGAACAAGAACAGGAAUACGAAAAAGAAUAAGAUAUAGAUUUAUGUUUGAUGGCAAAGUAGUAUGUCGUCCAAUAUUCUGCUAUUUGAAUGGCAUUGGAAAGAAAUCCUUAUCAUCCAUACAGGCACAUGUUAAUAAGAAUGGGUUUGUGCCACGCGUCCAUGGAAAUAGGGGACGAAAGCCUCAUAAUGCCCUGCAAUAUAACGAUAUUGAAUAUUGCGUAGACUUUCUAAUACGUUAUGUCGAGUCACAUGGACAACCGAUGACUGCAGAACCAAAGAGCCAAGAGAAAGAGAUACCGAUAUUGUUGCCUGCAGGCCUUACCAAGGUCAUCGUUCAUCGGGAAUAUGAAAAGGCAUGUCAGGAAUCCAAGCGCAGAGUACUUGGCAUAGGCUCCUUUAGGAGUGUGUGGCGAAGCUGCAUACCUCAUGUCAAAAUAAGUAACCCAAAAGAGGAAAUGAGCUAAAAAUUGUGAAUGUUUCAAAACUCAACAUCAUUCUACAAAAUUGUAUCCGUUAGACAAUUUAACAAUUGUCAAAUAUUUGAACUUUUUUUGUGCAGUGUUUGACAAUGACUAAUUUAUCAAGGAUUAUGAAAUAUGUGCAUGUUUAAAUAAUUACCCCACAAAAGCAUUAACUGAUGAUAAAAUAUAUAUUAAAAAAUUAAAUGGGUACAGCAAGAAAAUAUGGACUGUAGCAGACCAUUGCAGGUGCAGAGGAGUUAUGUUUGGAACAGAUAUUAUAAAGUAGAACAUUGACAUUAACAUAGUGUCACCAUUUACAAAGUGUCAACAUUCUGCAAAAAUGUACCACCUAUGUAAUUUAUUAUUUACGUUCCUGCGAAGUUUGGAGCGAAUUUCAAACAGCAGUUACAAAGAAGAAUUUUGUGAAGGAAUACUGUAUAUAAAGCUCUAAAGUGAAACAUUUUAAGAGCAUUUUAAAGUAAAUUUCAUUUGAGUUUUCUAACGAUGUUAACACUAUAACAGUGCUCCAGCUAGGAUUAGAAACAAGUACGGUGUUGUUGUGUAAAAAGGGCUCUUUAGUGCACCCAGUUAUUAUAUCAGAUCCUUGUGCCAGAUUUUCAAAUAAGCAUGUUUAUAUAUUUCGCAUUACAUGUAUUUUCAUAAACAAUAUUGAUCUUAAAUAAAUAAAACUAUUUUCAUUUUUUUAAUCAAGUUAAUUUAUUGAAUUUCAAAUACAAUUAGCUGUAUUAUGAUGUGAUCCGAUGAACAAAUGGUCAUGGGUAGGGGGGCAAGGGGGGUAGGUUGGGAUUUUUUUGGGUGUCGUGGCCCUGCGUCCUCCAAUGUUUGUACAAAUACAGUUGAUCUAAUAUUUUAUCCCCCGCCUAAGGCAGAGGGAUAUGGAAUUGGCAUUGUUUGUUGGUUUGUCUGUCUGUCACAAAUUUACAAGGCUAUGUCUCAGAAACUAUUUAAGAUAUUAACAUGGAACUUCAUCCGUGUAUAGAUAUCAAAGAUUAGGAGUGUCAUGCAUAAGAACCAUAGCCCUUCACUUUCUUUAAUAAGUGCCCUAUGUUUUGUUAAGAUUCUUAAAUAAGAGUUAUUGUCCUUUGUUGUAUGAUGAAAGUUUUCAGUGCUAUAUCUCCGAUGCCAUACAAGAUUGCAACAUGAAACUUUAUGGAUGUAUUGAUAUAAAUUAGGAAAAGUGCCAUGCUUAAUUACCAUAAUCCAACACCUUUUUAAAAUAAGAGUUAUUGCACCCUUUUGUUUGUGUAUGAUGUAACUUUUCAGGGAUAUACACAUGUUCCUCUGAUAUGAUACAAGAUUUCAACAUGAAACUCCAUUGAGUGAAGAAAUCAUUGGGAAGAAGUGCAUGCACAACAACCAUAACCCUAAACUUUCUUAAAGAAGGGUUAUUCAUAUUGACCUUUGUUGUUUUUAUACGAUGUAACUUUUCAGGGCUAUAUCUGAGACAGGCUACACGCUUUCCUUGUGAAAUUUCAUGGGUGUAAAAAUAUCAAUCAGAAAUUGCUAUGCAUUAUCAAUACUUAACCUACACCUUACUUUGUUUAAGGAUUAUACAUUGUAUUAAUUGAUUUGCGCCAAUUCAUAAACACAAUUUAUUUGGCAGGGGAUAUCAAUGAAUCAAAUUUGCUUGUUUACAUGUAUGUACAAAAUGUAUUGAUAUAUAUAGAUCAAUAAAAAAUAAUGAUUAGAAA